AUGCUCAAGGGACAAGUCCGCGGAAAGCACUUGUGAGUGGAAAUCUGCACUUACGUAGCCAUCGAUCAAUUUGUCAUCUCCCCCAAGGAGUUCAUUGACCGGGUUCGUUGCAUCUGAAGCUGAAGCAGCGCGCAGCGCAAGGGACAAGACUUUGUCGCAUUUGUCACCGCUUUGAGCCAAUCCAAUCUUGCACGAGACGAGUUUCGGGGAAGAGAAGAGGAGGGAGGGAGGGGAGAAUGGUUGACGCCAUACCUUUGA